CGUCUUGACACGUACUGACGUACGUAUAAAUACGUUUGCUGCCCCAUACACAUUGACAGACAAGUAUUCUCAUUAUGUACUUUAAACUGGUAAUAGGUCUCAUGUGUGUAGGUGUUAUCUCAGGUGUGGAACAUAGGUAUUGCCAUCUGUGCUAUGGUAAGUCCACAGAGCCUAAAGACUUUUGGAACUGUCGUAACUUUGUUAAUGUUACCAAAGUUUACGACUGUACAACAAAAAGUUACUGCGUAUCUUUUCAUGAAACUGUGAAAACAAAGGACGGUACCUACACUUGGGCGAAGAGAACAUGUAGCAGUGAUUGCGCUUGGUACAAGAGAUAUAAUAGAGCAGACCUAUACUGUUCGCAGUGCGAAAGCGACUAUUGCAAUAAGGAGAAAUUUUGAUCAUACUACUAUUACUCUGAUAUUUUUCUUUAAUAUUUUUGUUCCCUUUUCUUUGACAUUAUCCUCAACUACAAAAUCUAUCUAAUUAUGUUGUAAUCAGAGCUUUAUUAUAAAUUAUUUUAUUAGGAACGAAUUGGGCUAUCAGAAAACUCUACUAUAUGUAAUAGCAUAUGUAUAAUAAAGGUAAAAUU